GCCGAUGUGGGCGGUGGAGCGCCGGAGGCUCCGAGGGCGGGGCGGCUGCCGGAGCGCGUGGCCAUGCGGGCCCGGGGGGACCCCGCCGCUGCCGCCGCUGCGCCCCACGUGUCGGUCAUCCUCCCGGUGCACAACGCCGAGCCCUGGCUGGACGAGUGCUUGCGGUCCGUCCUGCAGCAGGACUUCCAAGGCUCCAUGGAGCUCUCGGUCUUCAACGACGCCAGUCAGGAUCAGUCUGCGGCCAUCAUUGAGAGAUGGAAGGGGCGGCUGGAAGACUCGGGGAUCUCCGUGGUCAUCGGAGGGCACGACUCUCCUGCACCCCGAGGAGUUGGAUAUUCUAAAAAUCAAGCCAUAGCACAGAGCUCAGGAUCUUACCUGUGCUUUUUGGAUUCGGACGACGUGAUGAUGCCUCAGAGGGUGAGGCUCCAGCUGGAGGCUGCUGCCCAGCACCCGACAAGCAUUAUCGGUUGCCGAGUAAGGAGAGAGCCCCCCAACUCCACUGAGCGAUACACACGGUGGAUCAACCAGCUAACGCCAGACCAGCUUCUUACUCAGGUUUUUACCUCCAAUGGCCCGACUGUGAUUAUGCCCACCUGGUUCUGCUCUCGAGCAUGGUUUUCCCACGUGGGCCCAUUUGAUGAAGGCGGGCAGGGUGUGCCCGAGGACCUGCUGUUCUUCUACGACCACCUCAGGAAGGGCGGCGGGGUCGUCCGCGUAGACCAGAGCCUCCUCCUCUACCGCUACCUCCCAGACGCCGCCACUCACUCUGUCCUCGAGACCACCAUCUGGACCCACCGUGUCCGCUUCCUGGAAGAACGGGUCCUGCCGCGCUGGGCAGCUUUCACCAUCUGGAACGCGGGCAGGCAGGGCCGCCGGCUCUACCGCAGCCUGACGGCUGAGGCACGACGCAAGGUGGUCGCCUUCUGUGACGUGGACGAGAACAAGAUCAGGAAAGGCUUCUACUGCCACGAAGACUCUCAGGAAAGGCCUAAGCCUCGUGUUCCAAUCCUGCAUUUCCGAGCUGCCCGGCCCCCCUUCGUCAUCUGUGUGAAGCUGGACCUCACUGGGGGUGCGUUUGAGGACAACCUGAGGUCGCUGUGCCUGCGGGAAGGCCAGGACUUCCUGCACUUCAGCUGACGGGCCCUGGCAGCCACUCCAGGGGGUGUAUCAGGUGCAGCCCAGGGAAGGUAAACGAUCCCCCAAGUCAGCGAAUGAGCCCGGCGGGAAAACUACUCCCCACGACAGAAGCAGCACCCGCGCCUGCCACGACCCACCGGGUCCCUCGGCCCCAUCGCCACACACGCCCACGAGGGCAGCUCCUUCGCUGGCCCAGACACAAUCCACCCUCGGUUCAU